GCCGUGCUUCUUCAGGGGAGUUUUCUGUAAGAAGCUCUCCGCCAAUCUUACCUUUAGGUUACCAGACCACUGUAGUGUCCUUCAGAUAGAAGUGACUGCUAAUGAAGGAGUGUAUGGACUCACUAGAAAUAGCAACAAGCUACUUCAGCAGAGACUCGUUUGGGUGCCUAGACAAAUCGAAAUGGCUGUAAACCUCAAAAAUGCUAAAAUGAUUCAACCCAAGGAAGAACCCUUGUCCCCCUCACAUUAGAAAGGAGAAUAGUUGGAUCUCAUUGGCGUCUAGAGUUCUAGAAUUGUACCAAUGGAUGUUGAUGGUCAACGUCCCGAUCCUGUGCGCCUCCGAGAUCCUUUUGACCUAGAUAGAAAGUUCAUCUUGCUGCAAUAGUACGGGAUCUUUCUGGAGACUCUCCAUGAAGUAAGGUUAAAAAUCUUGACGAUAUGGUAAUAUGUAUAUUAUAUAGAAGUCUUAGAUUUCUCUUAACCUUACUUAAUUUUCUAAAAUAUUAAUUUCUAGUUUCGAAUCAAAAAUAAAGCAUUAAAAAUAACACAAACUACGAAAUCAUAUGAUUUUACAACAGUAUUUUGAAGACUAUAAAAACUUGCGCUAAAUCACCAAACAAUAAAAUCCAGCAAGCUGGCAACUUUAUACCCAUAUGCGUAGAUUGUUGAAUUUAGAUUUUACGCGAGUAAGUUUAAAAUUUUCGCAAAGAGAAUUGUUCAUUUCUGAAUCCACAUAAACGAUGUUUUCCAAGGGAAAUGCAGGCUUGAGUGUAAGACCAAAUCGUAAUGAAAUCAUACCCUUUCCUCCGUUCAAGAAACCCCAGCCUAUUGGAUAUUUUAGCAUCGUAGGUGGAGUUUUGCGAGAAUAUGAACCUAAUGCUCAACAACUGCGUUACUACAGACCGCCGUCAGCUCAAAAAUUUCCUCUUGACUUAAAUGAAGGUCUUAGUUUAGCUAUCAAAAAACCAGAAACAGUACAAGAAGAAGGGCUUGACCACUUAUUAAAAUUUAUCUUUGAUAAUCGCGAUCAUUUAACAAGGUCUUUCCCUGCUUGCGAAGACAAAAAAUGUCUUGUUGCUGAAUUCGUGUGCUGGCGAGGGCUUUUACGUUUGUUGAUGUGCACUCCAUAUGAAUAUCGAGGUGAUUGGUCAAUAGUUGUAACACGAUUUAAUGGCACAUUUUAUCUUUGGAAACGGGACACUGAUAGUGAUAAGUUUCAGCGUUCUCAAGAGACCGAACAACAGCGUACAUUUGCAUCAUGGGGUUUCAAAUUUGAACAACAUUGUCUGACAGAAUCGCCGUUUCUGGAGCCGGACACAAGUGCACCAGUCGACGAAUGCAGCGAAUUUUCGUGUGUUUUUACAACAAAAAUUGGGAGUCUGGAUGUACUAUACGGUGCUGAAAUGGAUGGCAUUGAAAGUGAGCAACCGAUAUUGCUUGAUGAUAACCCAACAUAUUUAGAAAAAUUAAAAUUUGUCGAAGUAAAAGUACGUCAAAGAAACCUAAAUAAAAAUCAAAUUCAGUCUUACAAACGUCAUAAAACUCGUAAUUGGUGGUGCCAAUCAUUUUUGGUAGGUAUUCAAGAUAUAUAUUUGGGCCUACGGAAUGAGCAGGGACAAGUUGAACGCAUCGAACACGUUGAAGUACGAUCUUUACCAAAGCAAGGAAUAGUAGAACGAAUGGACACCAAAUGUAUGUGCGACAUUUUUGAUAGAUUUUUUGAAUUACGUAAAAUCACUAAUGUCUGAAGUAAAUUGCCCGUAUACUGUUUACGACUUUUACUUCAACUCCAAACGCGGUACUGUAACGUAUGAAUUCUUGCGAGGGAAGAACGAAU